UCUGAAAUUGCUAUGUACAUGUGGUCGAACCCUCUAAAUGUCCCAAACUACUCCUUUCUCUUCUGCUCCUCUUCCCAAUCCUUCUCCAACUUGCCCACAAUCGGCUUGUCCUUUACACUAGGUUUGACUAGAUGCUCUGUCCCUUCCCAUCCGGGCUUGUCCUUUUGUGCAUGAGCAACUUCUUCGACAGCUCGCACUGCAUCGUGGUGCGGUUGGUCCUGUCGGCCGUGGAGGAUAUACGCACUGUUGGGUUCGUGACCCAGCGGAGGAGCGUUGUGUUCACCUUUUGGAAAUGGAACAGUUUAACAAGGAUGGUUUAUAUCGUGGAAGAACUUGCGAAAGACUUACGGUGUCCUGGUGUUUUGCCCAUGUCCUUUUUGUCGUUGAUUGAUGUUUGGUUUACAAUCAAUUGCUUGGUCGAGUGCUUGUCGUGUUUUCUUGCGAGAUGGUCUGUCCGGCGUACUGUCUUGCUUUUUAUCCUCUCGAGUUGAAAU